UUGGGCAUGAUCAAGAUGUGGUCCUCCGGUACGUACUUUCGAUCUGUAACGUGUUUUCAGAAUGAUUUGUAAGUCACAAAAGUCGUAAAUCUUCCGGAUGCUGAAGUCCCUGUCUGAUCUCGCAGUCUGCUCUUUAAUUGCGACAUGGCUAUUGACGGAGAAAAACUUGCUAAUUAUCAUGCUCCCUGCGUUGUACUGGGAUUGGAUCGGUUAUGGUAUAUAUUCCUGCUGUCCAGUGUAAUAACGCCGUUCGUUUUGUCCAUUCUGGUUCUGAUCGUGCGUGUACUGGUGUGGAUUAAUGCCUAUCGGAAACAUUUAAGCACGUAUCCAGAAAAUCCUAUUACAUUCAAACGAUGGUUUCAGCAGUAUGAAAACGAAGUACAAGUACCGCUUUUUAAUGUCAUACGGGAUGCCGCCGAUAACCUGGUAUCUAUGCGAUACAGGCUGGGACAGACCUUGACCAUUUUAGCAUUUUGCCUCAGCAUGGCAUCGCUGUUCAUCUACUACAACCUCGUUUCUUAUUACAUGAACGAUGUGGAGCAAUGCCAGCCGUGGGUUUAUAAUAUUCCCCAACAAGUGGAUUUCGCUUUUAAUUGUUUCUUCUUGGUCUAUUUCAUCCUCCGAUUCUUGGCUGCUCAAGACAAGAUGUCAGCUAUCUGGAAUCUCUACAGUAUUGUAGACUAUUUUACUGUGCCACCGGCAUUUGUUGGCUUGGCCCUGGACCGCGAUUGGAUUGGCUUAAAAUUUUUGCGUGUGGUUUAUCUUCGCAAAAUCGCUACCAUCUUGGCUUCUCUGGAUUUGAUUACGUCAACCGUGAAGAUAAAGCUGCUACAACUGGCUCUGACAUGGCUUCUCGUUCUUUUGGCUGCCGGUGGAUUUUUUCAUUUGCUGGAAAAUUCUGGUGAUCCAUGGACGGAUGACUAUGACGGUCAACGGUUCAAUUACUGGAAUUUUGCCUACUUCGCUUUUGGUACGAUGGCCACUAUUGGGUCGCCGGAUAUUAACGUGAAGACCGUCCUGGGCAAAUUGAGCAACGUGCUCCUCGUGUUAACCGUUCUCGCAGUCAUCGGUAUCGCUUUACCGGACAUUGUCGAUCUUAUGGAAACACCCAGAAAAUAUAACGGGGACCACCGUAACAAACUGAACCAAAGGCACAUUGUUGUUUGCGGGGAUGUGACAUUUGCAUCAAUAGUCAGCCUGUUUGACGAAUUAUUCCAUCCGGAUCGGAACGUUCGAAAUUUGAAGAUUGUUUGUCUUGGAGUAGCGGAGCCUGAUUUGCAUUAUGCACAGUUUCUGAAAACCAACUCCCUGAACAUCUCAUAUUUCCAAGGAUCGUAUCUUGUGGCCCAUGAUCUGUACCGCGUACGCCUUCACGAAGCCGACGCUGCCAUAGUCAUGGCCAAUAAAGCCAAUGCUAACGCCGACAUCGAAGACAACAACAACAUCAUGUGUGUGGUGUCGUUGAAAAAUUUCAACCCUCAACUACGCAUAAUUGUGCAGCUUUUACAAUAUCGGAGCAAGACUUAUCUUACAAGCAUACCAAACUGGAAUCCACAUAUCGGUGACGACAUCAUCUGCUUACCGGAAAUUAAACUUGGACUGUUUGCUCAGAGUUGCGCUGCACCUGGUUUUACCACUCUGAUGGCUAAUCUUUUUGCUUCCCGUUCCAAUGAUGUGGAAAUGGACUGGCCGGAUUGGUUAAAAAGUUACACCCAAGGAACUGGAAUUGAGAUGUACACUGAACGAAUCAGCGAUGCCUUUACUAAUCAGACAUAUAUUGACAUUUUGGAGACCUGUUACGUUAAAUUAAACUUGAUUCUCUUUGCAAUUACGGAGCAACAAAAUGCUGACGAUGAGAGUUUAUUUUCUCAUGCCCUGAUAUUAAAUCCAGCGUUAAACUACGUGGUUAAGCGCGGAUCGUAUGGAUGCUUUUUCGCGGAUUCUGCCAAAGAUGUUCAACGAAUGUCAAUAUAUUGUCGACAAUGUCACGAUGACAUUACAGAGCCGGAGGCGAUCAAAAUGUGCAAUUGUAGCACUUCAGAAAACCGCCGGUUUAAUCGAUCGGGGUCAAAUGGAUCUGUACGCCCCAUGACACCCAAGCCCACUCCGCAUUCUCCGUCCAUUUUGGAUCGUAUGGUAUCCUUAGCCGGUAACAGUUUGCAUUCGACGCGAUCCGAUGCUUUCCUGUUGGAGAACACAUCCAGCACCGGCUACGGAACCGGACCGGGCACCGUGAAUAAUGGGUUCGAUGCCGAUGACGACCCUGACAGCGCACUCACCCGUCUGGGGGAUAGACCGGUGACGUUUACAUCCUUCCAGAAAAAGAUGGUGUACUUCAUGCGAUAUUACGGCAGUCCCGCUAACUGGAAUCGCAGCUCACUAGCCGAGCCGAUUCGGGACGACGCCGGCAAUAUCCUCGAUCUGUCUGGCGGUCCGAGAUAUGACUCAACUGGUCUGUUCUGGUGGUGCCCACCGAAAGUUUACGAAGAAGUUCUCGUUGAUCGAUAUGAAGCGGCCAAGAUGAAUUUUAAAAACCACGUCGUUCUCGUCAUAUUUGCUAACGAUUCGUCAUCUGGUAUUGGACUGAACAAUUUCGUCAUGCCCCUACGAUCCAGCAUUACAGCCUAUGAAGACCUGAAGGACAUUGUGAUUUUGGGUGAUCCCCAGUUUUUAAGUAUGGAAUGGCCAUCUGUUUGCAAUUUUCCAAAAAUUACCAUGGUCAAGAUUUUUGGACUGAGUCGAGCCGAUCUGCGUGCUGUGAAUAUCCACACAUGUAAACUGUGCGCUCUGCUUACCGCAACCUCCGAUAAUGGCGUCGACAGUGUACUUCUGGCGGACAAGGACGCUAUCCUGACAUCAUUAACCAUAAAGGCCAUGAACUUUGGAAACCAGGAAAAUAAUUUUUUUAGCGAUUCCGUUCCCGUUACUCGAAGCUGGCGGAAUUCCGCAUCCGUCAACCUUAGAAAUGCUAAUCCAAUGUUGCAAAAGCAGUCGCUCACGGAAAGUAUUCCUGUGGAUAAUGAGAUUGUGCGCACAAGCGUUGUUAAAGGUUACGCCAUUCCUCUCCUGACCGAGUUAGUAAACGACUCCAAUGUUAAUUUUGUGGAGCAAGAUGAUUUCGAUAUUAACGAAUUCUUUAUGGCGGAACCAUUUGCAUGCGGCAAUGCUUUUGCACAGAGCGUGUUGCAGGCGUUACUGGUUUCGUCAUACUUUAAUCCGUUCACACUAUCCGUUUUGCGUGCACUGAUCUUCGGAGGAAUAACGCCGGAAUUCGAGCAGAUUCUCGCUGAGGGUGCCGGGUUGAUCGGUGGUCCGAAUCUAUCACAAAAACAUCCACAUCCGGAGCGCUGCCGUCUGAUUCAGAUCGACAUCGGGGAUGUGAGAUUCGCUAGGCAUUCGAGAUCGACAUUCGGACAGUUAUUUCUGGAUGCCAUUCGAAGGUACAACAUUCUAUGCUUUGGAUUAUACAGGAAAAUCCAGCAACAAGGCAAAGAGUCUAGAUCGCUGAGGAGAUACGUGAUCACAACGCCACCAAAAGAUUUCUUGUUGCAGUCUGAUGAUAAAGUUUUUGUGAUAGAACGACUAAGUUACAUCCCGUCCUGGUAAACGGUGGCAUGGGCAGAUAAUUAGUUGUUGUACCUUGUAUAAAUUUUAUUUGCAUAAUUCAUGAGCUGUUACUGCACAUUAUUUCGAAGAAUCCAUAAAGGAAACAUCAGAAACUUGCGCAC